UGGUUCAAUGUCGUGAACGUCUACAUCGGUUACCACUUCAUCAUUACAGUACACCACGAUGCGGCUACGUCCACUGUCACCUAAAAUGAUUUUGCUAUUAUUUUGUUGGUGUGUUUAUAUGCAGCAGGAAUGUUUUUGAAAACUGGACUGGACAAGACGUCAUAUUUUCACGGGAAAAUGGUUCAUAGGGAUGGUGUUAAAAGGAACUAUCAUAGUAGCCAUCUACUCCGGCAAACUGGCGAUAUUCACCAGAAUGAGAUAACCUCAGGUGUAACACAUAUUCAGAAGGAUUUAUACCCGGAGAAGGCGGCGGAGCAACGUGGACAACAGACACAGAACACGUACAAAGUGGAGUAUUACGUGGAGGAGUACGGAGGAGAGGACAGUAAUGAAACAUAUCCACCGUUUGUGGAGUACAGUCCGGAGGAUGGUCCAGGAGAGUGGGGUGUUGCGUUCAGGUACCCGCCCAAGAAUGAAGAGAUGCUGCAGUGGAGAGAAGGGGUGAGGAGGAACAGAUUCGACCAGAUGGUGAGCGACCGGAUCUCUGUGCAUCGGCGUCUGCCAGACCGUAGGCUGGAUGAAUGCAAGUCACGUGUGUAUCCGGCCGACCUACCUCCAGCUAGUGUCAUCAUCUGUUUCCAUAACGAGGCUUGGUCCACUCUCCUCAGAUCUGUCCACAGUGUCCUUGACCGCUCACCAGGACAUCUCAUAAGGGAGAUAAUUCUCGUUGACGAUGCCUCAACUCAAGAACACCUGAAGAACCCUUUAAAAAAGUACAUGUCAAAACUUGGGAAAACCAAACUUGUCCGGAUGAAGAAGCAUCAAGGUCUAAUAAGAGCGAGGUUGGUCGGAUAUGAACUGGCCACUGGUCCGACACUAGUGUUUCUCGACUCCCACAUCGAAUGCUUCCCAGGUUGGUUGGAACCACUACUAAGUCGCAUUCGGGAGAAUCCGAGGACUGUAACGAUACCUAUGAUUGAUGUGAUCAGUUCCCAAGAUUUCGGAACUGGUAUUUUCAAUAACACCAAGCGUUUAGGGGUGUUCAGAUGGAAGUUGUUGACUUUCCACUGGGAGCAUGUCAGCAAACACAGAAGGAGCACAUUGAAAACACCCACUGACCCAAUCAGAUCUCCUACUAUGCCUGGUGGGUUGUUUGCUAUAGACAAAAAGUGGUUUACUACACUUGGGACGUAUGACCCGGGGCUCUCGUUCUGGGGCGGUGAGAACAUGGAGCUGUCUCUCAAAACGUGGAUGUGUAACGGAACCUUGGAGCUGCUUCCUUGUUCACACGUGGGGCACAUCUUCCGCAGAAAGAAUCCGGUCAAAUGGAAGGAAGGCGGUAACCCUAUUUUGACCAAUUCUUUGAGAGUUGCUGAGGUCUGGCUGGAUGAAUACAAGCACUUGUUCUACGAACAGACUUCAUUGCUUCAGGGACGGCAUGAAUACGGGGACAUUAGCGACCGGAAGAAACUGCGGGACAGUCUUCAUUGUCAUGACUUCCGCUGGUAUAUAGAAAAUGUGUAUCCGGAAAUUCCGUUACCCGUGUUAUUGAAUGUGGGAGAGGUUCGCAGCAGUUCCAGCCCAGCGCUAUGUCUCGACACUGAAGGACGGAAAACACCCAGUCUCGUUCCUUGUCACGGGCAAGGUGGUAACCAGUACUGGAAACUGUACCCCUCUGGGAUGCUGCAGAGUUCCAGUGGUCAGAGACUCUGUGUGAUGUCCGGCGAGCUAACACAAGACAAUUGUUUCUUCGAGAGCAAAAGGAUCUGGACAUACACUGGUGAUAAGGAUCUUCGUCUGACAAAAUUAAACAUCUGUUUAACGGUUGGAGAAAAUUCCAACAUUUUCAUGACAACUUGCAAUGGAAGUGCCAAUCAGAAAUGGAUAUUUGAAAAGUCUAAAUUUAGACUAAAAACUCGAUAGUGUAAUCCAUAAUCACAAUAAUAAGAUGGAUGCCUUAAAAAAAUGUCAUAAUCAUUGACCUACUUACAGGUCGCCUGGAGUGAAUGGCUGUAUAUAAUUGUGCAACAGAGUAACACCGAAUGUUUAUAUAUUGUUCCCGGUGGAGGAAGAGGAGAGAGACAAAAUACUUAGGAAUUCGAAAGAAUAAGAGUGCGAAUUAAUCGCAUAUUUUCUUGGUAAUGAUGUGAAAGAAAAUGGUGUUCCAUACCGGUGUAGCCUCAAGAAUCAUUUGGAAAUAAUGAUGCAUCGCUGUCGAUGUUUAGUAACUGUAGCGGUGCAAUGCUACACCAUGCGGAGACGUCAAAGAUUGUAAAUAGAUCCUAACACAAAUAAAGUAUUGAACUAAGACGUUGUUUGUUAAGUACUUGACAGAUGACCUGAUCUUGGUGUGACUUCGUUUGUGUUCGUUGGAGAGUUAUUAAUGAUGUCAGUGAUGUGUAGAAGGGGCGAGUGUAGUGUUAUGCCACGCUGAUCAAUAUUCGAGUUAAAUCAGGGCCCACCCCACAAAUAAACUUGACACACUGCAUCCUUGAGGAGUGAAGUCCGGAUCACCAUAGUGACGUGCUAACGCUUUAACAACAUGGCUACCCCACCGCCAGCUCAGAAGAUGUUGUAUACAAUGCUGCCCUUUAGCUGGACAAUAAACACCAUAUGUGAAUUGUU